CCCUUUCGUAGACUUUUGCGCCAAAUGUGAAAUUGCUGUCUGGGCACGAAAAAGACACAGCAAAAUGACAGCAAAACUGAUCCGUGGUCGGAAAAAUGUCCGAUAUGGACAAUUCAAGUCCUUGCCACGGGGAAAAUUUCACAAAGCGUACAAACGGACAUUUGACAAACUCCUUAUCUCGCUCGUAUUGUCCACCAUGUAGUCCGGAAGGGACAAGACGUUUUCCUCAUCAUGGGCCCAGUGAUCGAUCAUCCGCUCACCACGCGUCGUUCACGCAGCUGUGUCUUUACCACUUUACUGUGAUAUUCGACCUUCGGACUCGAUUUCCGGUUUUAUCACUGAAUUAUAUCAGCUGUGAUUUACUAUAACACUUUACACCUAUCACAUCCUUUCUGGGAUGUGAAAACAUCAUGAAGCACGAAUCCUCAAGAUUUGAGUGCUUCUAUACAACUGUUUAAAAGGGGUUCCUUGAACCAUUGUAUUGCUUCUCUGUAAAGUUCCUAGAACUU